CUUCCUCCUCAGCUUCCUGAUUACGAGUUGGGGCAGGACAGCCUGGGCCUGGCCGGGAGAGGCCCACAGUACUCUCAUCCACGUCCAGGCCCUCAAAGCCACCAUGAGCUGGCCCCGACCCCCAGGUCCAGACGAGGAUGCUCCUGAGACCCUCCUGGACGACCUCAUCAGCUACUACAUGGAUGGGGCAGGGGAGGGCUGGCUCAGGGUCUGCAGGCAAGGAGCCCUCACCCACAGGGCCCAGCGGCUCCUGGGUACAGUGGCCCCUCCUCAGCUCUUUCUGCCUGAGGCUAUGGACUCUGAUCUGGGGGCCACUCAUCCCCAGGGGGCUCCCAGCUCUACCCAGCACAUCUGCCACGAACUGGUGCGGGCACUGGAGUUCCUGGAACUAAUCUCCAUCAACCUACUUCUGUUUCCCUGGAGGAAGGAAAUCAGGUCCCUGAAGACAUACACGGGGAACUUUGCCUACUGGGUGCGGCCCGUGCUUUCUGAACACACAGUGCACACCAUUCUGGGCAGGCUGGGCUACAUGGCCACCUCCGAGGCCAAGUUUUCACUGGUCCAGGCCAUCAGCGAGGAGGACGCCAAACAGGUGGUGUUUGAGAUCUUCCUGACAAGAGUCGCGUGUGAGGCCAUUCUCCAAACCCCAGGUCAUCGUCUGCAUCUGAAUUAAAGCAUGAAUGGAGGCAGUAUGCCCUGAUGCCAACAUCAACCAGAACAGGAGGUCCGGCGCCACCUCGGACACUAAGUCCCCUGGAGGAAGGAAGUCGAUCCAGGAACAGAAAGGCAGAAAAAGCCUGGGACCGUGACGGCCUCGGAGCCACACCAGCCCUUGACCAUCCACCUCUGCACAUCUUUCGUGGGAAAGAGAAAUAUAGUGCAUACUUCAAUCUCAUUUUUAAAAAAUA